AUGGCCGCUCAAGGCAGUGCGCAAGGGCAGCCAGUGCCUGAGUCAGACGAAGAACUUGCGAACCCGUUCCCUGCUGCUAGCCCCACAGCCUCGCAAGCUCAUGGUCAGAUUGUGCUAGGACCGGCAGAGUUGAAUGCUUUGUUUGAGCAACUUUCCGAAGCAACGCGUGCAGCAUCGGACGCGGCAGCCGCCGCGGCAUCAGCAGCGACAGCUUCAAGAGACGGUGUGCCUGUAGUCUCGGGAAAGGACAUGCUUAGAGUGCUCCCCAAGCCUGAAAUUUUCUCUGCGACAAGCAGGGAGCAAGAGCACACCGCGUGGCCCGGUUGGUUCUGGAGUUUUCAGCAGUACUUGAGCGCUUUGGACCCCGGGUAUGGGCCCGACAUAGAGACCUUGGAAGCCCAACCCAACAAUGUGAUCACAAAGGCCUGGGGUACCAUUGCGCAACAGCAGAGGUCACGACAGCUUUACUCCUUUCUUGCAGCCCUGAUCCGUGGUAGAGGCUACUUAGUUGUGCGACAGACGGAAGCCGGUAACGGCUUCGAAGCAUUGCGCCAGCUUAUGAGCUUGUUUGCUCCUCGAUCGCAAGGCCGCAGCUUAGGGAUCCUGACCGCAAUCACCCAGGUUCCUGCCUUCAAGCCCUCAGAGGCCCUGCUGCCCCAGAUUUUGGAUUUGGAGAGGGUUUUCUCGACCUAUGAACAGUCGGCUUCAGAGACCCUUCAAGGUAGUGUGAAAACCGCUUUGCUUUUGAGAUGCCUGCCUGCCAACACCAAGAACCAGAUUUACGCCAGUUUGCCUGAGGAUGCUACGUAUGCACAGGUGAGAGAGGCUAGCUUGAGGAUGGAGCGCCAGCAUUUCAAGUGGCAGUCUGUUUCGUACUUUGGCACCAUUCAGGAAGCCACAGCCCAGAAGCAUGCAUAUGAUGAUGCUGUUCACAUGGAAGUGGAUGCAGUGCAGUGGCGCAAGGAGCCAGGCAAAGGCAAGAAGGGCAAGGAAGCAAAGGGCAAGAAGGGCCAGGACAAAGGAGGCAAAGGAGGGGGAGGCGGUCGUUGGAAUGAAGCCGGGGGCCAGCCCAAAGGAAAGGACAAAGGGAAAGGAAAAGGAGGCAAGCAAGAAGGAAAGGGCAAGGAGCAGAAGGGCAAACAGUGGAAGGAAACGCGUGAGUGCCACAUUUGCCACCGCACCGGGCAUUUGGCCCGAGAUUGCUGGCACAAAGGGAAAGCCAGCGUUGCCCAGGUUCAAGACCCAGCCGGCGGUGCAGCCCGAGAGCCUCCCGCAUCCAGUGCCGCGUCGACGGCCCCGUCCACAGCGGGAGCCGCGAGCUCAAUUCGCAGAGUUCAGGGCAGUGUUCAUGUGUUCGAUUUGGGAGAAGUUGGAGAAUCCUGGGAUGGCGGGGUGUAUGCAGUGCGCUUUGCCAUGCAGUCCCAGGAAGUUGCCAGGUCAGAGGAAGCAGUCAGGUCCGUAGAGCGUGCAGGUUCCAGCAGUGCCGUGCAUUUUGCCAGGCAGUCCAAGGAAGUUGCGAGGUCAGAGGAAGCAGUCAGGUCCGUAGAGCGUACUGGUCAGUUGGCAGGCGUUAGCUCCACAAGCCUUCAUGUGUGUGUCGGGUCCCCUGUUGAAGUUUUCGACAUGACAGCCACCGACAGCGACCGUGAGUGGACGUGGUGCCCUGGACUCCACAGCCAGCAGGUGGACCCUGAGAGCGAAGGUGAGGCAGAGUGGCUAGUGGUGCCGAGCGCUAGGUGCGUCCCGCCAGAAGGCAGUUGCAGCGUGCGUGCCGUGAGCCAGUCGCAUGGUGUUGAGGUUUGGUAUGAUGUAAUAGUGGACUCAGGGGCGGAUAUGUCAUGCCUCCCUUUGUCUUUUGCCGACCAUGGGGUCACAACCUCGGGGCCUUCGGUCAGGCUUAGCGAUGCACAGGGAAGCCCGUUGAAGAUUCGGGACAUCCGGGAGGUGGCGUUCGUGAUGGAGACGGCCGAUCAUGACACGGUCGUGUGGAAAGAACGUUGCGUCAUCUCGGAUGUUACUCAACCCUUGCUUUGCAGCGGAAGGUUGAUGAAGAGUGGCUGGUGGCCCCAGAGGCGGCCACUCAGAAUGGAGCAUUCGUCGGGGUUGAGCGUUCCGAUGACUUUCAAAGGAAACAGCCUCUGCGUGAAAGCAUGCAUUCACAGAGUCGAGGGCAGUGAAGAGAACAGCGUCGAGGGCCACAGCCAGGCGCCUCCUGAGCCCGAGGUCGAGCAUGCGUCGGUGCGUUUUGUUGCCCUCGAUCCCCCGAGUGACUGGGAGGAAGCAGCUUUCGGCUGGAGCAUGACCGAAGAGGGACACAUGUUGUUCAGAGGGCGGACCAGCACCUUUGUGGAUCCGUCGCUCGUUGCUCCGGUUGGUUGGCCGUGUCGCACGACCUUAGUCAAGAAGUGUGAAGAAGGGUCCCGUUGGCUGGUUCUUGAGUUGUGUGAGCAAUGGGGCAUGCUGGGCAACGCCACCGCAGUGUUGCCGCACGGGGAGUGUGAGAUCAUCACAGUGCUGACGCAUGACAGUGAAAGCCCCGUUGUGUUGCCAGGUGGCCGCCGCGCCAUCACAAACUGGAGCGGCCCGCAGCCAAAGGGCCCUUUCGAGGAGGAUGGCGAUUAUUCGCCGGAUGCUGUGGCAGAGGAAGAUGAUGAGAUGGAAGGUGCCGUGGAACCGCAGCCGGUGCCCGACUUAGAGCUUGGUGUGCCUCCGCCUGUCGCCAGUGAGCCUGAAGUGUUGCACUUUGACGGUGUUGAGUUGACGCUGACCUCCACCUUGAGUGCUCUAAGGGCAGCCUGCAAGCGAGCCGGGGUGUCACAGAGCGGUGGAAAGAAAAGGUGUUGGGACCGCUUGCGUGGGUUCAUGGACAAGCAGCGAUUGCUAAUGGCGGCCGAGGCUGAGGCUUCGGUGCAGGCCGACCGGACCCGAGAGCCGGCCCAGCAAGCGGUGAUCAGAGAACCCACGGCGGCGGAACGCCAGCUGCACAAUCUGACUCAUUGGCCUUACGCCCCGUGGUGCCAGCACUGUCUGUCGAUGCGUGGUGUUGAGGAUCGCCACCAGAAGCUGCCUUUGAGUAGUGAUCGUGACGUGCCGGUUGUGAGCUACGACCUGUGUUACACUGGGGUCUCGGAAGGAGGCCAGCCAAAGGAGAAGCUCACAAUUCUUGUGGGCCACGACACCGGCACCGGCAGCAUGUUUGCAUUUCCUUUGCCAAGCAAGCACCAGGUGGAGCUCAAACAUGCAGCGGUGGAAGUUAUAAGAUUUGUGCAAUCGUUGGGGCACGCAACGAUAAAGAUUGAAUGUGACAACGAACCGGCCAUGCUUAUGCUACAGAACAUGAUUGUUUCUUUGCGCAACAAGUUGGGUCUCAAGACCUUGGUGCGUGAUGCACCGGUUGAGUCGCAUGCUUCGAGCGGGCAUGCAGAAAAGUGUGUGGACCUUCUGCGUGGUCUCAGCAAUGUGCUUCUUGAUUAUGUUCGGACCCAGUUUGGUGUUGAAGUUGGGCCAGACCAUCCGUUGAUGCCCUGGUCCUAUGUUCACGCCAGUUUCCUGCUGAACAGGUAUGCGGUGCGUGGCGGGGCAACAGCCCACGAGCGAUGCCACGGCUGCCGGUAUUCCGGCAAGCUUGCAAUCUUCGGUGAGCCUGUGUGGGGUUUCUUGAAAGGCAAGGCCAAAGGGGAUCGGAAGUGGCGGCGAGCCCUGUUCGUGACCAAGAGCACGGGCAAUGACAUGUAUGUGCUCAUGAGUGAACAAGGGGUGUGGCUCACGCGUUCGGUGCGUCGCACUGACAAGCCUUGGAAGGAUGAGCAGAAGCUGGUUAAGGAUAGUAAAGGGUUCCCUUGGUCCUAUCAGUUAGGGGUUCUAGGUGCCAAGGUUUUCCCACAGUCCCGGCAUCGCACCCCCAGCGCAGCGGCUGAAGAAGAGCUUCUUUUCGAGGAGAUGAAGAAAAGCCAAGGUGAGAUUGAGGAUCCGUUGCCUCCUCUUCAGGUACCAGGUGCUUCACAUGCUAAGGAGCCCACCGUGGUAGCCGUGGAAAAGCCGGCUCCAGGACCUUCUUCCAAAGGACCAGGAUCUGUGAUUCCUGGCGGGGAUGCCGCAGCAAGCAGCGGUGACACUGCGCCACCGAGUCGACGGGCGACUUUGUUGCUCGAUCGACCCAAGCAGCCGAGUGCGGCAGCAGCCGCGCCAGAACCGAGCCCAAUGGAGAUAGCGGGCACAGACCCGCCAACGACGCCGGAGACGGAUGCUAUCUCCGACUCAGAGAUGCUUGCUGAUGUGGCCGAGCGAGCUGCAAAGCACCGACGGGUUUGCCGGCUCGGAACAGACGAGCUGGCAGUGAAUGAUGAGCCCAUGGAGUCGAUGCCGGAGUGGGAAGAUGCAGAGUAUGACAUGGAAGGUGAAACGGAUCUUCUACGUGAUCAAGAUGAAGCCGCCUUGGAGGCCGAUGAUGCUUUUUGGUUCGAUGACAUCCCCGACCUCACCGAGGAGCAGCUCCAAGCUCUUGACUACAAGGCCGAUUGUUUUGACGUGGAGCGGUUGGUAAGGAUGAAAGUUCUUGAGUAUGUGGCCGAGGGUGAGAGCACGGAGGGUGUGAAAGAGCUUUCCAGCAAAUUCGUGAGAUCAUGGAGGCAUAAGACCAAAGAUGGCAAGAAGAUGGUGUAUCGUAGGAGUCGUUUGGUUGCAAGAGAGUACAAAUGGCUUGAAAAGGAUAGAGAAGGAUUGUAUAGUCCUGCCACGACUUCAGCGAUCGUCAGGAUAUUGCCUUGGAUGCUGUGUGAGCUCAGGCGGCUCAACGAGUAUGGCGACCAAGGCGAUGAAGAGGACCCGUUUGCAUUGAUGGCGUUAGACAUUAAGGACGCUUAUCUCUGCGUUCCACAGGAGCAACCGAUGAUGGCUCGCGUGAGGGGCUUUGAGAACAGGAGGAUGCGUUUCUUGAAACUUUUGCCAGGGCAAAGGGAUGGAGCAGCCAGGUGGAACCAACACAUGAUGAAAUUUAUCUCAGAUCGAAUGUCUCUAGAACUUUGCCCGGUAUGCCCAGCAGUCUUCAAAGCCGACAAGAAGCCAGGACUUAUACAUGUAGACGAUCUGUUGAUGUUGGCGCGCAAAAGCUGGCUGAUGGGCUACCUCGUUCCCGAACUUAAGAAAGAGUUCACCGUCGCGUUCGAGAUCAUGGUAAAAGCUGGAGACAAGUUCAGUUUUCUCAAGAGAGAGCACCUCUUGGUUGAGUGUGGCACGCAGUACGGCAUUGUGAUUCGCAGCCCGUCCGCCUAUGCUCAGAAGAUGUCCGAUGUGCUAGGUGUUCGCAAGCAGCAGGUGUCCAAAGUGCCAUGCAACAAAGACAUUGUUUCGCAUGAUGACAGCAAACUUUUGAGCCCAGAGAGAGCAUCGCAGUUCAGAUCAGCAGUGGGUGUGGGCAUGUACAUUUCCAAUGACAGACCGGACAUUGCCUACACAGUUAGAACAUUGAGCACGUGGCUGAGCAACCCGACCGAGCACGCGUGGCGGUGUGCUCAGAAGUUGGCCAUGUACCUGAACGGCACCAGCUGUUACGGAACCUUGGUGACGGCAGGUGAGUGUGGUGAAUCCAUUCUCAAUCCUGGUGUGCCGGGAUCCAAGCUGUUACUGGAGAUAUGCACUGAUUCAGACUGGUCAGGAAAUAAGCGAAGCCGGCGAUCAAUGACCGGAGGAUCUUUCUAUAUCAACGGCACUUGCAUUUAUUCAACAUGCAGGGUUCAGAAGUGCAUCACACUAUCCAGUUCGGAAGCAGAAUAUUACAGCUUGGUGUCAGGAGCAGCAGAUGGACUUUACAUUGUACAGAUUUUGCGUUUUGUGGUCGAGCAGGAAGUGGAACUGGUCCUCCGCGUGGACAACCAGGCCGCGCGGCAACUUGCUGUUAAACAGGGUUGCAGUGGUAAGCUUCGUCACGUGGAAGGCCGGCUCCUUUGGGUGCAAGAACGCACCGCCCGCAAGGAGUUUUCGGUUAAACCGAUAGAGGGUGAGAGAAAUCCGAGUGAUGUGGGCACGAAAGUGCCGAGCAGUGCAGUGAGGCUGAAAGCUUUGACCAACAUGCACAACAUGGUGGAUUGUCGUGAGGACACUCCUUCGCCAAUCGGCGAGCGUGAACGUGCUGAGCUUGAGCAGAAGCUGUUGGCAAAGCAGAAGACCAAGAGUGUGAGAAGAAUGUUUGCGCAAGCCACGCGCAAGCAUGCAUUGCAGAAUCCGAUGGCUUGGCUGAUGAUGAUCAGCAUGCUGAGCACAGUUGAGUGUGCUACGACUUUGCACUUGACGGCUGGACCUUCGCCAGCAGUUUCAGUGAGCCAGAGCUUUGUGACUGCAGUGUGUGUUGGCAUCAUUGCAAUCAUGUGUGCGGUGGUGUACCUGUGGCGCGCAAGAGUGAGUGAGCAGUUUUCGGGACAAGUGAGUGACACAACGGUAGGUGCAGGAGUAGCAGUACAGCUUUUAGGAGAACUAGCAACGCAGCUAGGAAUGUGGCAGUGCAUGGCUAUGAUGGUUACGGCAUAUGCUCUUAAGGACUUGUUUUCGUUGUGUCGUUUGGGCCUUGGGUCUAAGAAGAAAACCAUGCUGAAGAAUGCGUCGGUCCAAACGGAUCCGGUGCAUCACGAGCCACAUGUAGAAAUCCGCACCAGAGUUGAGUUUCAAACGAGGCUCCCGGACGAAGUGUGGGUUACGCCACAUGGUCGUUCGUACCAUUCCCGAGAGUGUCGUCAUGUUCGCGGUAAUGGUAGGCGUUUUAGUCCCGGUUUCUGUUGUCAGCACCAGCUCAGGGAUGGUUAG